AUCGCUGGUAUUGCAGUGAAAUGCUUAAACAUACAUUGAUCUUGCACAACAUUUUGAUGCAAACAGAUAAAAAUCCAGGGAACAAUUUCCAAAUAAUUUGGCAGUAUAUAAACUAUUUGGACUAUUUCUACUUUGCUGAAACAUUAGGACAUUCCACAGAUCAUUUAAGAACCAAGAUGAACAAAACGACUGAAGCAGUACCUUCUUACAACAGCAAUGAUAUUGAGACUCACAGACCAAGAAAAAAUAUUUCCUAUUUUCACAAUAAAUGUUGGUCGUUAUUCUCGCAAAGAUUAAUUAGCAUAAAGGUCUUUGUCAUUUAUGUCAGCCUUGCAAAUAUAUUCGUGCACUCUUUGGACCAUUAUUUGGGAUCACAGAUAACAGCCAUUGAAAAACAGUUUAAUUUGCAAAGCAAAUCCUCAGGAAUUCUCAUAAGUAUAAAUGAUGUUGGAUUUAUAUGUUCUGUGCUAGUUUUGGGUUAUUUACUUAAGAACUGUCAUAGACCAAGAGUGUUAGCUAUUACCAAUGUUACAGUUGGUCUUGCGAUUCUUAUCUGUGCUCUGCCCUACUUUAUCACACCACAUCCAAAAUGGAAUACUAACCAAAACAACAAUGGAGCCAAUAGAACAAUGUGGACUGAUUUCAAAUCAACACAGGAUCCAGCUUUAAAUACGAGUAUUGAGUGCAAUUUGAUGGAAGAAGAAUCCUUCACUGGUUCCAGUACAAUUGGUUACUUCUUUAUUUUUAUUGGAAUGCUGCUGAUUGGUGUUGGAAAAGCUGCAAGAUUUCCACUUGCCAUUGCAUACAUUGAUGAGAAUGUAGAUGAAGCCCACACUGGCGGCUAUGUAGGAAUCUUAAAUGGAAUGAAUUGUUUCGGCCCAGUUGUUGUAUUCUGUCUUGGUGGAUAUUUCAGUAAGCAAUAUGUUACUCUGGAAAAAACCUCUCUUAAACCUUCUGAUCCUCAAUGGAUUGGUGCCUGGUGGCUAGGAUUCCUUACUUUUGGUUUUGCAGCCAUAUUAAUGUCAGUGCCAUUAUUUUUAUUCCCAAGAAAAUUAAAAGAAAAUGAAAAUGUACCAGAGAAGAAAAAGACUUUAUCCUUCAAAGAUAUGAUCCAGACAUUUUACAACAUGGCAAAAAACCCAUUAUUGAUUUUAAUCUUAGGACAUAUAGGUCUGAUUAUAUUCUCUGCAUCUGGCACUUUACCCUUCAUACCAAAAUAUUUUGAAACUCAAUUUAAAUGGACUUCAUGGAAAACCAAUAUUGUCGUCAGUACCACAUUUGUCUUGAUGUCUUCCAUUGGAAUGAUUGUUGGUGGUGUUAUCACGAGCUUCUACAAAAUGGAUCUCAGAAAAUGCUUGAAGUUUUCCAUGGUUUUAGUAACCUUUGAUCUUUUCUUAGUCUGGAUACCAAUUUUUAUACAUUGCCCUCAAACAGAAUUGGAAGUUACAGACUUCCUGCAACGCUAUGCAGACAGCCCUACUCCAGUUACCUUACAACAAGAUUUAAACCAGUUGAGCUGUUUUCAAAUCAGUUCCCUCAAGCUACAGUGUAAUGAACAUGAUUAUGAACCAGUAUGUGGAGCAGAUGGAAGGUCAUUCAAAUCACCAUGCUAUGCAGGCUGUCAAUAUCACAAUAUCAAAACCAAUACGUUUUCUAAUUGUUCAUGCGUUGGUAAAACUCAAAUGGCAAAACCUGGUAUAUGUUCAAAUACAUGUUAUGGAGGAAUUUAUCUAGCACUUGUCUUAUCAAUAAGAGCUUUUAUCAGCUGCAUAAGUUUUAGCUCAGUUAUCACUGCUUUAAUAAAGUGUGUUGGUGAAUCAGAUAAGGCCGUCCCAUUUUCUAUAUUUAUCUUCACUUCAACACUUAUAGGAUGGAUUCCUGCACCGCCACUAUUUGGUAUGCUGGUAGACAACACCUGUAUUAAAUGGGGUCUCCUACCUUGUCGAGACACUGGUGCCUGCAUGAUGUAUAACUUAGAUGAAUUUAGACUCAGAUUUUUUAUUCUUUUAACUAUCAUACAAGUAGUAUCAUUUUUAUUCCUUGUUGUUGCAACAAUAGUUGGUCACAAAUCCAAAAGAUACAUUUCUUUAACAGUGAGCACUGCAACUGAAACAGCAGAAGAUAACAUUCUAUAGAAAUUUCACAUUUCCUUAAAUGUCAGAUAUAAUGGAAAUAGUAACAAAAAAAUAUUUGGAAGUUAGAGAAUUGUAGAAAAAUUACCAAAAUUAAAAAACAAAAAAAGAACUGAGGUUGUUUGUUGAACUAAAAAAAACAAACAUUCUUUAAGGCAGUGCCCCAGCAUG